AUCUCUUGGGUCCUCGCUCCUCACUUUUCUCCGGAGUUUCUAGUUUUGUGUUCCCCCGAACAUUUCUGAUGGACCUCCACGCGGACAGAUCCUACUCGCUCAUAGUAAAUACCCACUUAGAUAUUGGAAUCUUUUUCCUAUUAAUAUUUGGUCAGCGAUUACUGCGCUACCCUAUAUACGCACUUUGUGACUCUUCCUGUUCUUCAGUCACGCCAGAGUUGAACCAAAAUGCCACCACUACCGCCAGAUAGCCAAGAAGCCAUCCCAUUCAAAAAUGAAACUGUGAUGGACCCAACACUAUUGAUCAAACUUGGCCGCUGGCAAUGGUGGUUUUUGGUGGCAAUCAACAUAUUCUUCCUCAUUGUGGGGCAGGCUGGUGCUGUGUUACUCGGAAGAUUUUAUUAUGACCAGGGUGGUAAUAGUACGUGGAUGGCUACUCUUGUGCAAACCGCAGCUUUUCCAGUUCUUGUUAUCCCACUUUAUUUUCUUCCUUCACAGAAAGAAGAUCAAUCAACUUCUUCAACUUCACCUUCCCUUCUAGUUCUUGCCUUGAUUUACUUCGUUCUUGGACUGGUCAUUGCUGGUGACAACAUGUUGUAUUCUACUGGACUCUUGUACCUAUCUGCCUCUACAUACUCCAUCAUUUCUUCAACUCAAUUAGCUUUCAAUGCAGUCUUCUCAUACUUCAUCAAUUCUCAGAAGUUCAGUGCAUUGAUUUUCAAUUCGGUGAUUAUCCUGACAUUGUCCGUGGCUCUUAUUGGUGUGAAUGAUGACUCGGAUGGACCUGCAGGGGUAUCAACGCAGAAACAUAUCAUUGGCUUUAUCUGUACCCUUGCUGCUUCUGCAAUCUACUCCCUUCUACUCUCCCUCAUGCAGCUUACUUUCCAGAAGGUUCUGAAAAAGGAAACUUUCUCUGUGGUUUUGCAAAUGCAAAUUUUUACAGCACUUGUUGCGACUUGUGCUUCAGUUGUGGGUCUUUUUGCAAGUGGGGAUUGGAAGACUUUACAUGGAGAAAUGGAAAGUUUUGGUAAGGGAAGAGUUUCGUAUGUGAUGACUUUGGUGUGGACAGCUGUUUCUUGGCAAGUUUGUUCUGUUGGUGUGGUGGGUUUAAUUUUCGUGGUGUCUUCCCUAUUCUCGAACGUAAUCAGUACUCUCUCUUUGGCUGUUACUCCUAUAGCUGCUGUGAUAGUUUUCCAUGACAAGAUGAAUGGUGUGAAGAUAAUUGCUAUGCUAAUGGCUAUAUGGGGUUCUGCUUCGUAUAUUUAUCAAAACUACCUUGAUGAUGCCAAGGCAAGAAGAGCAGUGGCUGAUGUUAGUGAAUCGCACAUUGCGUGAGUCCCAAUUCUUAUGUAUUUGAUAGAAAUACACGGAAUAUUUCUUUUCUUUUCUAGGAUUAAGAUACAGAUGCUGUAAUUAGCUUUGUUUGAUACCAACUUUACAUUUUAGCAUACUCUUUGUACUUAUGAGUUGGAGUAGUAAAUUAUGUCAUUGAAAUUGUAGUA